AUGAGUUCAGCUUGUUUUAGUGGACAUGAACUUGGACUUUACUCUCUCCCAUCAUUGAAACUUCGGGCUAUGACAAAUUUUUCUAUGGAAGAGGUGGAGCUCUAUACCAACUGGGAUGAUGUGUUUUGUCCCAUUUGCUUGGACUUCCCUCACAAUGGUGUACUCCUCCAGUGUUCAUCAUAUGACAAGGGUUGCAGGCCUUUUUUGUGUGACACAGAUCAUAUGCAUUCCAACUGUCUAGAACGCUUCAAACAAUCACUUUCGACAUCCAGUGAGAAAGAAGAUGUGAUAAAAUCGGAAGCCAACAGCUGGCCCACCUGCCCCUUGUGUAGGGGAGAAGUUACUGGAUGGGUUGUUGUUGAGAAGGCUCGCACACAUCUCGAUGUCAAGGAACGCUGUUGUGAAGAGGAUAAAUGUGGAUUUAAAGGAACCUAUGUGGAACUUCAGAAACAUGCUAAUCUUGACCACCCUCAUGCACGUCCCUCAAAAAUAGAUCCUGCUCGACAGGUUGAUUGGGAAAAUUUUCAGCAGUCCUCUGAAAUAAUAGACGUCUUGAGUACUAUUCAUGCAGAAGUUCCCCGAGGGGUCGUGUUAGGUGAUUAUGUGAUUGAAUAUGGAAAUGAUAAUUCUGAUGAUGAAUUUGAGAAUUUCCCUUCGGCGGAAGGGAACUGGUGGACAUCAUGUAUCUUGUAUCAGGUAUUUAAUAACUUUAGGACGUCUAGAAACAGAAGAAGAUCUAGAGUAAGUAAUAAUACAAGAAGAGGAAACCGCCAUUUGGGUUAUGAUGCUUCGAACUCUGAUGAGAGUUCUGUGACAUCCGUAGAGUAUGUAGAUUAUGGGGUUGAUGAGACCGAUGAUGAACUUGUAACUGUUGCUGGCUUCUCAAGGAGAAGAGCUGAUAGUCACGGUUCUCGAAGGCGACGUUCCCGCUUCUAUGACAAUUAGGUGAUUUUUUGCAUGUUCUAGGAAUAAUAAGGAUCCAACGGAAAGACUGGAGCGUAUCUUCAUUCGCCUGAAAACUAGCAAUCACUCACCAAGUGUUUGUAUUCACUGUGGACUAGUGGCCACGAAGUGAAAAGGGAAAGGUUAAACCCCUCUUCUUUUAGUUGUGGUGUGAACGACUGUAAGCUUGAUGCUUGCUCAUGAUAAAGUGAAGGCUUUAUAGAUAGUCUUUAGACAAUUUAACUUCUGUAAUCAUGACGUUUCAAAUCGAUCUAUUAUCUUUGCAGACUCCAAAAGGGUAAAUAUUAACUUCCAAUAUUGCUUUUGUUCA